AUGGCACCAGCACUCUGUGCCAUAUGCAACGAUUCCAGAGCCCUUAUCAUCCGUCCAAAGAACCACCAAAAACUCUGCAAGGCCUGCUUCGUCGCCAUCUUCGAAGCUGAAAUCCACCACACAAUAACCACCACUUCCCUCUUCUCCCCAGGCGAUCGGAUAGCAAUCGGCGCAUCCGGCGGUAAAGACUCCACUGUCCUCGCAUCUGUUCUCAAGACCCUAAAUGAGCGAUACAACUACGGUCUAGAUCUUGUGUUACUCAGUAUUGAUGAAGGUAUCAAGGGAUAUAGAGAUGAUUCUCUGGAGACGGUCAAGAGGAAUGCGGUGCAGUACGAUAUGCCGCUGAAGAUUGUGGGAUACGAUGAAUUGUAUGGCUGGACUAUGGAUCAGGUUGUCGAGGCUAUUGGCAAGAAGUCGAAUUGCACAUAUUGCGGGGUAUUUCGGCGGCAGGCGCUAGAUCGAGGGGCGAAGAUGUUGGGAAUCAAGCAUGUGGUUACUGGGCAUAAUGCAGAUGAUGUGGCGGAGACUAUUUUGAUGAAUCUAUUGAGAGGAGAUCUGCCACGUCUGGCGAGGAGCACGAAUAUUGUGACGGGCGACGAGUCGAGUGAGGUUCGAAGGAGCAAGCCAUUAAAAUACGCAUAUGAGAAGGAGAUCGUUCUUUAUGCGCAUCACAAGAAGCUGGAUUAUUUCACCACAGAAUGUUUAUACAGUCCGGAGGCCUUCAGAGGGAGUGCGAGAAGUUUGAUCAAGAAUCUAGAAAGGGUACGUCCGAGUGCUAUUCUGGAUGUCGUACGAAGUGGGGAGGAUAUGGCAAAGUUGGUGCCAGAGCAGGUCACUGGAAUCAGCCAAUGCAAGAGCCAGAAAGUUUCGUUGUCAAGUGCUGAUGGCGAAGAAGAAGGCGCUGGCGGCUGCGGUACGAAUGGAAGGGAUAGUGGUGGGGAAAUGGCUGAUAUGGAGAAGAAGUUGAAGGAAGACGAGAAGGCAUCUUCUCGGGAGGUUGAUAUCACAUCAGCGGUCUCGAGUCAAACGAGCGGUCAACGGCAUGAUAGAAUACCCAUCAAACCAGAGUCAGGGAAAACUAGAAAGCAAGAAUCCAGCCGAAAGCUCACGCGGCAGACCCUAGGCACGUGCAAGAAGUGCGGAUACAUGUCAAGCCAAGAAGUCUGCAAAGCAUGCGUGCUUCUCGAAGGAUUGAACAAGAAUCGACCCAUGAUAGAGAUAGAGGUGGAUGCCGCGGAUGAGGAAAGUUCGACGCUGCGGAGGAACAUGGAAGGACUAGCUCUCGCAGCCGGGUAG